AGUUAUUACGUUACCAAAUUCGCUAACUUCGAAGCUCGACGGAAAACCCUACCUUUUUCUUCCUCCUCCGAUCCGGGAGAAAACCCUAGAUAUGGACGGCCACGUCUCCGCCCCCGUGCGCUCCCGGAGCUCCCAAUCCCCCUCCCCCUCCCACUCCGCCUCGGCCUCAGUCUCCGCUUCGAGCUCCGCCCACCACAAGCGCAAGUUCCCCGGCGCCUCCGCGCCUCCGCAGCCCCCCGCCGCCCCCUUCGCCCUCUCCGACCCCGGCGCCAUCGCCUCCAACGACGACCUCGACAGCGUCAGCGCCCGCGAGGAGGACGAUGACUCGGAGGAGGAGGAGGAGGAGGACGACGACGACGACGAAGAGGAGGAGGACGAAGACGAGGACAACGACUCCAUGAGAGACUUCACCGCCGCGCGCCUCGAGGGCGGCGGCGGCGGCGGCGGCGGCUCCGGCAAUCCGAGGAGCUCCAAGCCGCCAAAGCCCGAGACGAAUUCGUCGGUGAAGAUUGAGAAUUCGGGUGGCGGAGCAGCGGAGGUCGGCGCAAAGGACGAGCGCGGGACCGGGGGAUCGUCCGGGCAGCAAACCGCUGCGCCUGGCGUGAGCUUGAUGCCGGGGAUCAUGGUGAAGGAGGAUGCGGCGAAGGGGAUAUUCACAGAGAACAUACAGACCAGUGGGGCUUAUAGUGCAAGAGAAGAAGGGCUGAAGAGAGAGGAAGAUGCAGGAAGACUCAAAUUUUUGUGCUAUUCAAAUGAUGGAGUCGACGAACACAUGAUUUGGUUGAUUGGAUUGAAGAAUAUAUUUGGUCGGCAACUCCCCAAUAUGCCCAAAGAGUACAUUGUUCGCCUUGUUAUGGAUAGAAGCCAUAAGUCCAUGAUGGUUAUUAGACAUAACCAAGUUGUCGGAGGCAUUACAUACCGUCCUUAUUAUAGUCAGAAGUUCGGAGAGAUAGCAUUUUGUGCUAUUACAGCGGAUGAGCAAGUUAAAGGUUAUGGUACAAGGCUAAUGAAUCACUUAAAACAACAUGCUCGUGAUGUUGAUGGGCUUACUCAUUUUCUAACAUAUGCGGAUAACAAUGCAGUUGGUUAUUUUGUAAAGCAGGGCUUCACAAAGGAGAUUACAAUGGACAAGGAAAGAUGGCAAGGAUAUAUUAAAGACUAUGAUGGGGGGAUAUUGAUGGAGUGUAAAAUCAAUCUGAAACUUCCAUACACUGAUCUGGCAACAAUGAUUCGUCGACAAAGGCAGGCAAUUGACGAGAAGAUUAGAGAACUCUCCAACUGCCACAUUGUCUAUCCAGGAAUUGACUUUCAAAAGAAAGAAGCUGGAAUUCCAAGGAAAGCCAUAAAAGUUGAGGAGAUUCCUGGUCUUCGAGAGGCUGGUUGGACUCCGGACCAAUGGGGACACUCGAGAUUUUUUAAAACAGCAAAUGCAACUGACGCCAUAGCCUAUAGGCAGCAGUUGAAUGCCUUUAUGCGAGGGCUUUUAAAGAUGAUGAAUGAGCAUCCUGAUGCUUGGCCAUUCCGGGAGCCGGUAGAUGCACGUGAUGUUCCUGAUUAUUACGAUAUCAUCAAAGAUCCAAUGGAUUUGAGAACAAUGUCGAAGAGACUCGAGUCGGAACAGUACUACAUUACCUUUGAGAUGUUCGUUGCUGACAUGAAGAGAAUGUUUGCGAAUGCUCGCACCUACAACUCCCCGGAAACCAUAUACUAUAAAUGCGCUACAAGGCUUGAGAACUUCUUCUCCAAUAAAGUCCAGGCUCAUCUUUUUCAGACUUCGAACAAGAAUUAGUCGGAAUGACAUGCGAUCGCCGAGGAAUAUAAACGGGCAGUAUGUGGUGAAGGAUUUGAGAAUCCAAGAAUUGCGAGUGUAUUAGGUGGUUCUUACCUGAUUAUUAACUUAUUUAGAAGGGGAAAGGUCUAGAAAUGUGUAUCUUCCUUUUCUUCCUUGAAAUGCUUAUGAAAUGUACUAGGCAGAAAUUAACCUGACAAUUACUUGUAUAGCUUUUCAAUUAAAGUUAUUUAUGAGUGUUAAAAUAUGAUUUGUGCCUAUUAAGCCUGGUGCUUUGGGCCCAUUUAAGAUCCAUGUUUUAGUUUUCUACAUGUAACUAUUCAUUUUUGAAACCCGACGUUAUUAGUAGGUUUGCUGUAUAA